CGUGUGUGCGCUCGCGCGCGCUUGUGUGUGUUCGGUUCCUUCGCGCGCACUGGGGAUUCCCCCGCGUGACAAAAACAGCUCUGGCUUUCAGAUGUCAGCUCUUCCCAUUAUCGCCUUUCAUUGCUUGUAUGCUCUCCGCCUGGAGCUCGCUGCCACCGGAUAUCUCCCAGACUGUUAGCCGUCUGCUUUUGUUUUUAAACCAGUUUUGCUUUAACUGGAGAGUUUGGGAGAAACCGACAUGGUUUGAAACGUUUUUUCUCUACAAAACAGAGAACCGAUAAAGACCGACGGCUCGUUACUGCGAGGGAACGUGUGGUCGGUUAUUGGCAUGAGACGGAGCGGCUCAUUUAUCUGGUCUCACAAAGAAGCGGUGGUUUUCUCGUGCGCUAACAGGCUGUCCGGUCGCACCGCCGAGGAAGCAGCCACAACAGCGGCCGCUGAAAGCCGUUAUUAAUCGGGGAAGGGCGGGUAGGGGAAACCCAGAAAGGGCCACCACCAUCAUGACGAGCCACGACUGUAGUAAGGACGAUUUUCUGGAGGACACCCGCACGGACUCGGGGAUUGACUCGUACCGCUCCAUUGUGAAGCCGGAGGAUUCCCGGGAGCCGAGUACCGACUUCGGCGGGCCGAGGGACAAGCUUUUCUCCCCGGACGAGCGCUUGGACUCAGCCUACGGAUCUUCGUCCAUCACGGUGGAGAGUCUGCCACCGAUGGUGGAGGGUUGCACUUUGUCCACCGCCGAAGAGCAGCAGGAACAGAUCUGUGAACUGUCUGAACAAGAAGACUUACUCACAACUAUUACAGACGAUGGAGACACAAUCCUGCACCUUGCGAUCAUCCACGAGGACACACAGGUGGCUCUGGAGUUGAUAGAACUGUUUCCAAAAGAAGUCCUGGACAUUCAGAACAAUUUAUACCAGAGUCCAUUGCACCUGGCUACCUACCUGAACCUGACAGAUGUGGUGAGUGGUUUGAUGAAGAAGGGCGUCAGCUUAGAGCUGCAGGACCAGGACGGGAACACGGCGCUGCACGUGGCCUGUCAGCACGGCCAGAUGGAGUGUGCCUCCGGAAUGACCAGAGAUGUUCUUCCCAGCAUGCUAGCACCGGUGGCUGAAACCCAGAACUGGAGAGGUCUCGCCUGUCUUCACCUGGCAGCUCUGAACAGGCAACAUGGAAUAAUGGAGCUCCUGAUAAAAAAAGGGACGGAUCUGAACAUCCAGGAAGGAACCAGCGGGAAAACCCCCCUUCACCUCGCCGUCGAGCUGCACGACGUCACAUCAGUAAAGUUGCUGCUCAAAAGGGGAGCCAACGUGGACGCCAUCAUGUACAACGGCUGCACGCCCCUGCACCUCGCCGUGGGGAGACAGGACGCCGCCAUCGCUCACCUGCUGUGUCAGUCUGGCGCCGACAGGAUGCUGCGGAACAUGGAGGACGAGACAGCGCUGGACCUGGCUGACGGCAACGACGAUAUUCUGGCCUUAUUUCCAUUUGAUGACAUCCAGAUCUCUGGACGUUUGGUGGUUGGAAGGAACUUUUAGCCGGAAGCAGCUGGAUUGACACAUGAGCUUUUUUCGAUCUGAACAUUUUAUUAAAUAGUGCCUUUAUAGUUGACUCUAAUAUGUAGUGAGAUAUACGCACCUGUACAAUUGUAUUACCCUACCCCCCUUCCAACAAACUUAGCGAUUAUGCUACAUUAAACACUGACUUUCCAAAGAAUAACUCGAUUACAAAAUUCUCCCCUCUGCUGAGGCCAAACGUACCAAAAACACAUUGAAAAAUUCUACCUCUUGUCAGAAUUUAAUUAGUUUGAAAUGCAUUUGUCUCAGUCAUUUCCUUAAACUCUAUCCUUUCCUUAAUGUGAUUUUUUUUUAUUCUGAAGACUUGGCCUCGCUUGUCUGUUUUUAUGCAGCAACAUGCAGGGAAUUGUUUACCGUUCAAAUUGAAAAAUGUAAAUUUUGCAAACAAAUCUGUUCCCUGCUUUUGUUCAAGAAUCCACAGCCUGUUUAGAAACUUAAUAUAUACCACAACAUGCAGCUUUGACUCUUGAUUUUGCAGGUUUUCUCUUUGUUGAACAGUUCAUCUCUUAUUUAUCUCUUCUGCAGACGCAUCUGAUGUUUGUGUGUAAUUACACUGGGCUUUUUAGCUGAAAUAAGCACCUCAUUUAUUUUGUAAUAAAACUGAAGAACAAAUA